CGUCGCCGUCCGCCGUCAGCCGUCGGCUCGUGACGCCGUGUCCCUUUGUUGGCUCAGCAGUGGCGGCGCUUCUCUUGUUAUUUCUCUGCGGCUCCAAUUUUCAACUGCCGUUCCUGUUUUUUUUUUUUUUUGUGUUUUGUUUUUGUUUUGGGUUCGUCUGUGUGCUUUCUUCUUUGUCUAGACACGUCGCCGUAAAUCGGUCUGCGCCGAAACCGUACGCUAAACACUAUAGGAUGGACUCAGACGAGGGUUACAACUAUGAGUUCGACGACGAGGAGGAGGAAUGCAGCGAAGACAGCGUUGAAGAGGAGGCCGAAGAUGACACUCUGGAGCUGGGCGAGGUGGAACUCGUGGAUCCGGUCGUGGCCGGAGGUGAACGGGACGAGUGCGGCGAGACCGGUGGCAGUGGCUUAGGCCCCGGUCAGGAUGAAGAAGACUAUCGCUUUGAAGUUCUCACCGCCGAACAGAUCCUCCAGCAUAUGGUGGAGUGUAUCCGGGAGGUCAACGAGGUCAUCCAGAAUCCAGCAACUAUAACCAGAAUACUACUUAGCCAUUUCAACUGGGAUAAAGAGAAACUGAUGGAAAGAUAUUUUGAUGGAAAUCUGGACAAGCUGUUUUCAGAAUGUCACGUUAUAAACCCUAGUAAGAAGUCUCGAACACGUUUGAACACAAGAUCCUCAGCACAAGACAUGCCCUGUCAAAUUUGCUACUUGAACUACCCCAAUUCAUACUUCACUGGCUUAGAGUGUGGCCACAAGUUCUGUAUGCAGUGCUGGGGUGACUACUUAACAACCAAAAUCAUUGAGGAGGGAAUGGGACAGACCAUUUCCUGUCCUGCUCACAGCUGUGAUAUAUUGGUGGAUGACAACACAGUUAUGCGACUGAUAACAGAUUCCAAGGUGAAGUUGAAGUACCAACAUUUGAUUACCAAUAGUUUUGUAGAGUGCAAUCGACUGUUAAAAUGGUGUCCUGCACCUGACUGCCACCAUGUUGUCAAAGUGCAGUACCCUGAUGCCAAACCUGUGAGGUGCAAAUGUGGACGGCAGUUCUGCUUCAACUGUGGAGAGAAUUGGCAUGAUCCUGUCAAGUGCAAGUGGUUGAGGAAGUGGAUUAAAAAGUGUGAUGAUGACAGUGAGACCUCUAACUGGAUUGCCGCAAACACAAAGGAAUGUCCCAAAUGCCAUGUGACCAUUGAAAAGGAUGGUGGCUGUAACCACAUGGUGUGCCGUAACCAGAACUGUAAAGCAGAGUUCUGUUGGGUUUGUCUGGGCCCUUGGGAACCCCAUGGAUCUGCUUGGUACAACUGCAACCGCUACAAUGAAGAUGAUGCAAAGGCUGCAAGGGAUGCACAAGAGCGCUCCAGGGCAGCUUUGCAAAGGUACCUCUUCUACUGCAACCGUUAUAUGAACCACAUGCAGAGCCUGCGCUUUGAGCACAAGCUGUAUGCACAGGUUAAGCAGAAGAUGGAGGAAAUGCAACAACACAACAUGUCAUGGAUUGAGGUGCAGUUCCUGAAGAAGGCUGUGGAUGUCCUCUGCCAGUGCCGCUCCACACUGAUGUUCACCUACGUUUUUGCUUUCUACCUCAAAAAGAACAAUCAGUCCAUCAUCUUUGAGAAUAAUCAAGCAGACCUGGAAAAUGCCACCGAAGUUUUGUCUGGAUACCUGGAGCGGGAUAUUUCCCAAGAUUCCUUGCAGGACAUCAAACAAAAAGUACAGGAUAAAUACAGAUACUGUGAGAGCCGACGAAGAGUGCUGCUACAACAUGUCCACGAAGGCUAUGAGAAAGACCUGUGGGAGUACAUAGAGGAUUGAGGAUGAACUCUACAUCAUAGACUCUGAGAAGUUACUCUACUGACUAGAGUGCUGACGCAAUUCAACUGGGCAGCAUUGUCUAAAGUCACCUCUGGUCAUCUAUCCAAUAUUGCAUCCCCCCUCCUCAAGUUUUGUUUAUUGGAAACUUAAAUUAUAUUGAAUAAAAGGCAGAAUAUUAAAAUAUUAAUUGUACAACAGUAUUGCUAGCAGCAGAGUGGAGUGUGAAAAGAUGACCCACCCCCCCCAACCACUUCUAGACCUUCCCUGGCUUGUAUUGUAACAUCCUCCUUGAAUACCCACUCUCCUUUUUUUGUGGCUGGCUUUUGUUCCAUUUUGACUUUAUUUUAUGUAUUCUUGGUUGUAAAAUGAACUCUUCCAACACGGCUUUAAAAGUGUCUGAACCAUGUUUGCUGUACAUGGCAAGAUCCUUGUUUUUGGGUUGCUGAAUGUUGAUUGGAUGAUUGUAAGGGGCUAAACUUUUUUUUUUUUUUUCUUUUUUUGGUAAAAUGAAAAGGAAAUCUGUAUUUUUCAAUUUGUAAAUAACGCAUAUGCAUGGAAGUUUAAACAGCAAGCGUGGCACGUGUUUGCAUAAUUUUUAAAUUUAAAAAAAUAUUUAUUCUUUACAAAUAUUCAAAAGAUGUAUAUUUGCUGUGCAGUUUAAGUAUUUCUCCCUGCUUUUUUUUUUUUUUUUUUUUUUU